UCGUCAGUUGAUAGGAUGGCGUCCAAAGCAAACGUUACGGUCAACGUGCUGCUAAUAUCCGUCGCCAUUAUACUCGGUAACGUGGUUCGAUUUAAAUUCUUGCCAUUCAAUAACGACACCAAGAAAUCUCUAGGUUAUCCCAAAGAUAGUCUUCUCAAUUUUACUGAAUUAGCGGGAAAAUAUGGAUAUAUAUCUGAAGAGCAUACAGUGAUUACAGAAGACGAUUAUGUGUUGACGAUCUUUCGGAUUGUGCGUGGGAGGAAUUGCCAUGGGAGGAUCAGAGAACCACCGGUGAUUCUUAUGCAUGGCCUGCUGCAGAGUUCUGACGCGUGGCUCGAUGCAGGACCUAAUGCGGGGCUGGCGUACCUUCUCGCUGAUGCCUGCUACGACGUGUGGGUUGGAAACCAGCGCGGCAACUACUACGCUCGCCGGCAUUUACACUACAACCCGGAUAAGCACCCGCAAUUUUGGGAUUUCUCUGUCGAUGAAAUUGGAUUAUACGACAUCCCUGCUACAAUCGAUUAUGUGCUUAAUUACACGGGGCUCCAGAAGUUGAAUUACAUCGGAUACUCUCAAGGUUCUGGCACGUUUUUCGUCAUGUGUUCAGAGAGACCUGGCUAUUGUGAUAAAGUGAACCUUCUUAUCGGAUUAGCUCCAGCUGCAAGACAGACGUACACUAAAUCUGUGAUCUAUAGAAUAGUAAGUACAGGAAUUUCAACUUUUGAAACGGCUUUGACAAGUACUGGUCUUCAAGAGGUAUUUGCAAAGGGUGCGUUAGGGCAAGAGCUGCUUGGCUUUAUAUGUCAAGUCGGUGCCUUAUCAGAGCCAGUAUGUGGUACCGCUGAAGGCUUAUUCGAUUCUUUCCACCCUGGCUCUAUAUCGAAUGAAACUUUAAGAGUCAUGUUUGGACAUUUUCCCGCCGGCACGUCCGUUAGAAACAUGGCCAGGUACGGGCAGAGCAUGAUGACUGAUAAAUUCCAAAAGUUUGAUUACGGUAAAGCGAAGAAUUUGAAGAAAUAUGGCUGCCAAGAACCUCCUAAAUAUAAUUUAAAUAGUGUCACAGUGCCCAUGGUGAUUAUGUACGGAAAAAAUGACUAUUUAGUGGACCCAAAGGACAUAAAAUGGUUGGUGGAUAAUUUGCCAAAUGUGCUUCAGGUCAAACAAGUAGCUGAUCCUCUGUGGAAUCAUUUCGACAACACAUACAGUCGGUAUACAAAUGAAUUGAUUUUUCCCACUGUUCAUCAUUAUUUACUAAAAUUCAGCAGAUGAUACAACUAAAUGCAAGUUCAUAUAAUAUUAUGUGAUAUUUUUUAAAUUAUACAUGCAUUAAUAGCUCUAGUAUAGUGUAAGGAUACGAAUCUGUGAUAAUAAAAUAAGUUUUUAAAUGUAUUUUAUUUCCUUAUUUAUUAACGUAAGACUUCCUGUUUGCUUGAGAGGGAAAAUCGCAAAUAUAUCAUAUUGUAUGCAUUUAUGUGACAGUGGUCUUGAAUACCUUGAAUAUAGUAGGAAAUAUUUUAGUUUUUAAUAUUAUUUUUAAAGAUUUGUGACUGGAAUAUUGCAAUAAGUAAGGCAAGGGGUUAUCUUAUAUUCUAUAGAUAUAAUAGGAUUUGUUUUGUAUAAUAUUAAAUCGUAAUAUUAAUAUAAUUAAUGAAGCAGUAGUGCAAAUACGUUUGUUAUCAGUUGAUUAUUUUACGUUUAAUUAUAAUACCGAAAUCAUUUAAUAAAAAAAAAAAUUUGAUCUAAACAAAGUACCUAAUGUUGUUAAAUUGACCAGAAGCCCGA